AUGUCCCUAGGCCUACUCAUCUACCUGCUCCCAAUCAAUUUUGGAUAUGAAGUCGCAACGAUUGGAAAGCUUCUCGCCGUUGUGCCGUUUGCCGAGCACUUUGGACAUGAGGUCAAUGGCAUUUACAUCAUCUCCGCCCAAAAUCAACAAAUCCUCAAUGCUGCCGGCACCAUCGGCCUCUUCGUCUCUGCAUUUUUUACCGGUAUCAUCAGCGACUACAUCGGCCGCAAGCGGACCAUCAUCAUCGCGUGUGUAGUUUGCUCCGGUGGAGUUAUCCUCCAAUAUUUCAGCACGUCCAUCAUGAUGCUCUUUGGGGGCAAGGUCGUCGCGACGCUCGGCUUCGGUCUCGGCCACUCGCUGGGACCCGUGUUUGUCGCCGAACUGGCCCCCGUCAAGAUGCGCGGUGUCUGCUUGGCGCUCGUGAAUACCAUGAUCGUUAUCGGCCAGUGGCUCAAUUCUGUCGCCGUGCUUGGCAGCAAGCACUACAACAAUGACAUGGCGUGGCGCAUCCCGCUCAUCACACAGAUUGUUCCGCCUGUGCUGCUGCUGAUUGCACUCACCAUAAUUCCAGAGUCACCCACUUGGCUCAUCAUCCACGGCCGCCCAGAUGAGGCUGCUAAGUCUUUCCGCCGCUUCAACGGCCCUGCAUUCGAUGUCGACGCUGCCAUGGCCGUCGCUACCAUCGCAAUGGAGAAGGAGAAGGCUGCUAAGAAAGAGCAAGAGGGAAGCAGCUGGAUUGAGUGCUUUCGUGGCAUCAACGGGCGCCGAACCCUCAUCAUCGUCAUGGUUUAUCUUUCCCAGCAGACGAUCGGUGUCAACUUCAUCAGCGGCUAUCUCACAUACUACUUCCGGCUCGCUGGUGUAAACGAUCCCUUGGCCAUCGGACAGGCUGCCUACGCCAUUCAGCUCUUCGGAAACAUGUGUUCCUGGCCACUUGUCGACCGUCUUGGUCGCCGUCCGAUGAUCGUCGGCGGUGUCUUCAUCAUGACCGCACUUCUUCUCGUCAUUGGCGGCAUCAGCACAAUCGGUUCCCAGGCUGCUCUUAGCGCAACCGUCGCGUUCAUGUGCAUCUGGGGCUUCCUUUACCAUGCCACUCUUGGGGCUGUAGCCUACACGGUUGGCGGCGAAACGUCCAGCGUUCAGCUGCGUCAGAAGACCUACAGCAUCAACAUCAUGUGUUCGACUGCCGCGUCCUGCGUCGUCUUCCAGGUCAUGCCCUACCUGCUGAAUACUGAUCAAGCCAACCUUGGCGGGAAGAUCUGCUUCAUCUUCUUCGGCCUGUCGUUGCCCAUGUGCGUGUUCCUGUAUCUCUACAUGCCUGAGCUCAAGGGGCGGAACUAUGCCGAGAUUCAGGAAAUGUUCAACAACAGGGUGCCUGCGCGGGGUUUCAAGACUUACGUAUGCGAUGUUAGCUUUGCUGGGGUAGCUGACGACAAGAAAAGCCCGGAAGUCUAA